AAUCUUAUAAUGGCUGGGUCAGCAUUGCGACGGCUUAUGGCCGAAUAUAAACAGCUUACAGUUAAUCCACCAGAGGGAAUCAUUGCCGGGCCGAUCAACGAAGAAAAUUUCUUCGAAUGGGAAGCUCUAAUCACGGGACCAGAAGGGACAUGUUUUGAAGGUGGCAUAUUCCCGGCAAAGCUAGUGUUCCCUCCAGACUACCCGCUGAGCCCUCCCAAGAUGCAGUUCACUUGCGAAAUGUUUCAUCCAAACAUAUAUGCCGAUGGGCGUGUCUGCAUAUCUAUUCUCCAUGCGCCCGGAGAUGAUCCCAUGGGGUAUGAGAGCAGCGCUGAGAGGUGGUCGCCAGUUCAAAGUGUUGAAAAAAUACUGCUGUCAGUAGUCAGUAUGCUAGCUGAACCUAAUGACGAGAGUGGAGCAAAUGUUGACGCAGCAAAAAUGUGGAGGGAGGACCGAGAACAAUUUAACAAGAUUGCUGAAAGAUUGGUCAGGAACACGCUAGGAAUACCAACACAAUAAAAUUCAUGUGCUAAAGUUACUGACUGAGCUUUAAUAUAUUUGGUGGCUUGUAAACUAGUGUGAAAAUAUUUUUUUUGCAUAAUCUUUCUACACAUGGAGGAAAUAUGUAUAUAUACAUAUAUGUAUACUCAGAGUUAUCUAG